AUGUCCACUCUCGGCCCAUUGACCACGGUAUUUACGCCUAGCCCGUCUUGCGCCUCAAAUACUGGUUACACAGAGUUCUUCAAUCAAGAUGGUGGCUCGUAUCUAGUAAGAGGGCCCGUGGUGACAGAGGGAUGCUAUCCGCCGGGCUUCAAGCCGCAGCCCGACUACUAUUACACUCCAGGGCAAUGUCCGUCUGGAUACGCCAACGUUUGCGGUUCCAUGAUGGAUAGAAUCACUGUUGCGGGAGUGGAUGCUUAUUGCUGUCCCCAGCUCGAGACCGGAGCGCUGCGGUGCGCCACGAGAGGCAAUUCGAGCCAUCCUUUGCCCACCAGUUUUGCAUGCAUGCAAGUCAUUACAAACACCACCACUGUGCUGCCCAUCACACAAGUUUCCGAUGGAUCGAUACGGUCUAUUGUCACGUCGACAGUGACCGCUGCAACCAUCGGCGCAUACGGAAUCCACGUCCAGUACAGCCUAGACGACAAGCUCGAGCAGCCCCCUGACCCUGAGCGAUUCAACAAGGUCAGGCUCACCUACACUACUGGAAGUAUAGCUCAUGAUCACGGCCUCAGCCCCGAAGCGAGGAUGGGUGUGGGUAUUGGCUCGUGCUUCGCUGCCGGACUCAUUGUACUCGGUGUCAUCGUCUUCUUGAAACGAAAGCGCGAUUCGCAUCAGAGUGAAGCCGUCAUGCAGCGGCCAUUACUUUCUACACACAGAACGCCAAGCUCCGCCGCGCAGAUUCGCCGCAAGCCGGUCCCGUCAGUACACUCCUCGGAGCAUUCCGGCGGAUUAGCCGACGGGUACCGUGCCGUGAGCACAGGCGAAGUCCAGAACGGCACUCACGGAGGCGUGGCUGGAAGUCAGGGGCGACGCCAAAAACUGUCUACUGGGAUUUCGCUCUGGGCGUGGGAAAUGCUGUCUUUGUUUGUCAGUGUCCUAAGUUUGGCUUCCAUCAUUAUCGUCCUCGAUGUCUAUGAGAACCGACGACUGGAUGAAUGGACGCCCAAGAUUUCCAUUAACGCCGUCAUUUCUGUUCUGUCAGCAGUUUUCAAAGGAUCACUGGCGUUACCAGUGACUGAAGGCAUCAGCCAGUUGAAGUGGCUCAUGUUUGCAAAGCAACCACGAGCUUUGUCUGAGCUGGACGUUUACGACCGAGCAAGCAGAGGAGCCUGGGGCUCAGCGCUGAUGAUUUUUGGGCAAUUUAAAUCUGAGUCGAAAGCCUACCUCGCCAGUUUGGGAGCCGCGCUGGCUCUUGUAAUUUUGGUGACAGAUCCAUUUGCCCAGGCUACGAUUUCGCUUUCGAAUUGUCCUCAAAACGGAACGGAUACUGCAAGCAUCCCUCGGGCCAGCAACUAUACCCUGGAUCUGGAACAUUACAAUCAGAUGAUGGCCGAUACAUUUAACCUCCCGAUGCAGUUGGCAGCGUACCGGGGCAUCCUGGAACCGCCAGCAAACAGCUCUGUGAGCGUCUCCGUGUCAUGCACCACUGGCAACUGCACAUUUCCAGAAGAUGGCGGCGCGACAUUUACAAGCUUGACAAUGUGCUCUCAGACAUGGGACAUUAGUGACCGAAUUCAGGUGAAUCAUACCAGCAAUGGGUACGUGUAUUCCCUGGGUUCCAAAAGCACGAUACAGGGAGGGGAUAGUAUCCGGAUGAGCUACGUCAAGAUGCCUGAUACAUCAUUUAAAGAGUCCGACAGUAACCCGUGGAACCGCACCAGCGUCCUCGAUGUAUACAUUUUGAGCAUGGUCAAGGAUAACUCAACCACCUGCAAAGCGCCGCUCUGCACAUUGGUCCCGCAAUACAAUGCACGCUUCAGGCCGGCUGCGUUUGUCUUUUCCCUCUUUCCCUGCGUCCAGACCUUUGCGGCAAACAUGGACCGCGGCCAGUAUAGUGAGAAGGUCAUCUCGGAAGAAUACCUUCACUACAUAGCGCCGAGCAAAGCUGGCAUGUUUCAGCUCCCAGUGAACCGUACCAUGCUGAACGGCACAUGGGGACAGUGUGCUGGCACAGACAAACCAAGCGAUACCAAUACAGUCACCGUCUUCUCAGGGCCCUUUCUCGAGAAUUCGCCGUCGCCAUCCGCUGUCUGGUACUCACCGGAGUGCGUGUUCGAGUUCUACGGAGGACUGUACUUGGCCUUGUUUCUUGGAGAUACAUUCUUUACUAACAGUAAGCUGUCGGGUACCACGGCGUGGCAGAGCUAUCUCUGGCGGAACGGCUCUACCGAAACCGGAUUGGUGGCCAAAUUUGCGAGCGGCCUGGCGACGUCCCUCGGCGCGCAAAUGAGGAUUGGCGCGACCGGCCCGAGCAUGCUUCGGGAGGCUCGGGGCACAACGAUUGUGGAAAAGACGUGCAUUCGUAUCCACUGGGGGUACAUUACAUUCUUCGGUGUCGUUUUUCUCUUGGAAGUCUUGUUCCUCGGUAUCGUGAUGAUUAUGGGCUACCGGAGCAAGCUUCACGCAGACUGGAAGUCGUCGACUCUGGCGGUCGCGUUUCUGAGUGCGGGAAGCUCGACAAGGGGCGGGUGGCCUGCUAGGAACCCUGAAUCUCAGGAUAGUCUACGAGAAGCGGCGCAGUCCGUCAAGGCGUCGCUGACCGAGGACGCGGGACACUGGCAGCUCCAAACCGAAGGCAAGAAGUUUUGA